CCCCUAAGCUGGAAGCCAGAGCUGGCGAAGAAGGCGCUUAGUUGCCGCGCGGCGGAGGUAAAGCGGCGGUGGCGACUCUGGGAAGCGGUUGGUGUGGGGUCGAGGAGCUGUCCCCGGGCCUCACGGCGGUGGGAAACCCUGGUGACAGUCAGGUGUGCUUUAUGGACCAUGUGCUGCUAUGUAUGCCUGAGGAACUUGAAAUGCAAAUUUGGAGAGACUUUGCCAUCUAAAUGCUUGGCUGGGUUAAACGCCUAAUUAGGAUGGUUUUUCAACAGGUUGGAAACAUGCAAUCGGUACUUUGGUCUGGGAAACCAUAUGGUUCAUCUCGAAGUAUUGUAAGGAAAAUUGGUACUAAUUUAUCUCUGAUCCAGUGUCCAAGAGUUCAUUUUCAGCUUACCAACCCUGCAACAGAGUGGAGCCCCAGCCACCCAGGAGAGGAUGCAGUGGUGUCUUUUGCUGAUGUUGGAUGGGUAGCCAAAGAAGAAGGAGAGUGUUCAACAAGACAAAGGACAGAAGUCCGGCAACCCCUUCAGGAUGAUCUUCCUUUCUUUGGGACGCCCCCAAGCAGGCAGUAUUCUUUACCAAACCUGUCUCCAGAAGAGCCUGCACUGCAGACCACAGCACUGGCCAACGAGGAAGCGCUGCAGAAGAUCUGUGCCCUCGAAAGUGAACUUGCUGCCCUCAGAGCUCAGAUUGCCAAAAUUGUGACCCUCCAAGAACAGCAACACCUCAGUGCAGGUGAUUCAGAAUCUACCACAUCUGUUGCCACAGCACCACCAUCUGUCCCGCCAGCUCCUCCUCUGCCACCCCCCCCUCCGCCCCCUCCCCUCCCUCCAUCAGGGCUCCACCAAAGCACAUCUGCUAUUGAUCUGAUUAAAGAUCGAAGACAGAAAAACGCCUGUGCUGGAAAGACUUCAGUCAAGACCAGUCCAAAGAAAUCUGAUAUGCCAAACAUGCUGGAGAUCCUUAAAGACAUGAACAGUGUGAAACUUCGGUCAGUAAAAAGGUCAGAACGAGAUACAAAGCCCAAGCCAGUGGAUGCUGCUGACCCUGCUGCCCUCAUAGCAGAGGCUCUGAGAAAGAAGUUUGCUUAUCGCUAUCGAAGUGACAGCCAAGGCGAAGCUGAAAAAGGAAUUCCAAAGUCUGAACCAGAGGCCACCUCAGAAAGAGUGUUGUUUGGGCCACACAUGUUGAAGUCUACAGGAAAAAUGAAGGCUUUAAUUGAAAAUGUUUCAACUUCCUAACAGACAACAGCGCUGAGAAAGACUAUGCUAGUUCAGCUGUUGGUUUAUUAGGGCUGUUUGGCUAGUAGAAAACAACACUAUUUGGUAAAUACCUGACAUUAGUAUUCAGUGGUUUCCUUUUAAGUCUCAUUAGAAGAUUAAGCUAUAACAAAAGCACUCUAAGUCUGUCUGCUUUUAAGAGGUCAGUUCUGAAAUUUCCCAUAUCAUAUGUAUAUUCUGACAUGUUUUUAAUGUGUAGCCAAGAUGUUUAGGUUUCUAGUCUGGAAAACAAUUAUAUAGAUUUCAGAACAAAGAAAGGACAUUUGUAGAUGUGAGUUUUUAAUUCUUAACACUAAUUUAUCUGUACAGAUAUUUUAUGUGCAUGUAUUUGGAUAUAAGACAGAAGAUUUCGCAGUGGUGGCAACGACGGUGCUGCCAGUGUUGUUUUCAGGGAUCAUUUCUGCUCAGUGAUGGAGCAGCUGGUAUACCCACGCUGCUGGAGUGAAAUGUCUGAGGUUGGAAUUUCUUCUUGCCUUGAACAGAACUUUUAGAUUCUCUCUCACAUUUUCUUGCAGGUGAGGUUUGAGUAGGAACCGAAUAAUGUUCGCUGCUGAAAUUCCAUAAUGCUUUCCUUUAAAAGGAAGUCAAGGAUCAUGAAAACUGUUUUCACCUCAGUGCAGUCCAGUGUGUGGUUUUCAAAUAGUGAGGAAUCACAUUUUUGAAUUAAAUGUCUUUUAAAGUAAAAACUAGAAACGUACCAUCCUUUUUUCUUUCAUUUUAAUAAAUGGCAUCACAAAGAUGACUUGCUGCUAAGUUAAUACUUCCGGAAAUGUCAGCAUAAUGAGUUAAAAAUUUUUUAACAUUGGUCAAGAAACACUGAAUAGGUGAAAGUAUUCCCUGUAAGUAGCUUAUCAUUGGUCAGAAUGCUGUUCUGUUGAAUUACAUUACGCAGAGUAACCCUUAGGUGCCGUUAGGAAGUGGAGACCUGCCUUUCUCAUCUAGGACUUCUCAGGAAUUGCUACAAGUGAUCAUUUUUAAAUGCUUCAUAUAUAUAUCUUCAUUAUUUUCUACAUUUCUGUUAAAUGCAAGAGUCUCCUACUAUGAGUAAAUAUUUGGAUUUAUUAUUUAAAUAGUGAAAAGAAAGUUGUACUUCUGAGGGGCUUAGGAGAUGAGAAGAAUAUACAUUCACUUUUAAGUUACUGAAAAUAUGUGCAAUGUUCUAAAUAAUAGCAAUUUUUAGUUGAGUUCAUGGUUUGGUUAUUCAGCUUCAAUUUGAACUGUGGCUUAUUUUACACAUGUUGAUAUACGUUGUUUCUAAUUGUUUUCUAUGGUUUAAAAUUUCUGCCUUUAAAAGAAAUUCAGAAAAUUUGCCUGAUAAACAUACUUUGACCUGAGAAAUUUAUAUUUGUAUCAGUAUUGAAUUUUGGGCAGUGCUCUAACAUAAGGAAGUUACUAUUUUGAAAUAAAGCAAACUUUUACUUUCCUUGGA